UGUAGUGCGAUCUACGGAUCGAAGGGAGGUAACUGCUUCAUCUGCCAGUUGAGAAGAGGACAGCACAAUGGGGUGUUCAACUCAAGCCUUGCGCCGAUUGGGAACGUAUUCACAAUCAUGGUUGAAGGGCCUCCAGCAGGCAGCCAGGAACAGCCAUGUCCAGCAACACGGCCGACUCAGCACAGCCAGCUCCUCCACACAGAAGGAAUAUGCCUUUGAGAUGGGAUGCUCCAACAUCCGAUAUGGAGUGGGCGUUACGGCAGAAGUUGGAAUGGAUUGCAAGAACCUUGGUGCCCGCAGCGUGUGUGUCAUGACGGACAGCAACCUGGUUGACCUGUCCCCAGUCAAGAUGACCCUGGAGUCUCUCAACAGAGAGGGCAUCCCCUACAAGGUGUAUGACAAGUGCCGUGUUGAACCCACAGAUGAGAGUUUCAAAGAUGCCAUCAGGUUUGCGAAGGAGGGUGACUUUGACAUGUACCUGGCGGUAGGGGGUGGGUCCGUCAUGGACACAUGCAAGGCUGCCAACCUGUACGCCACCAACCCCAGCGCUGACUUCCUCGACUACGUGAAUGCACCGAUCGGGAAAGGCCUGCCCGUCACACACACACUGAAACCAUUGAUAGCUGUGACCACAACAGCUGGUACCGGCAGUGAGACGACGGCGACCGCUGUGUUUGAUUUCCUGGAGCUGAAAGCUAAGACAGGCAUUUCCCAGCGUGCACUGCGCCCGACUCUUGGCAUCGUGGAUCCUCUUCAUCUGAACACCUGUCCUGAGCGUGUGAUGGCCUACAGUGGCAUUGAUGUCUUGUGCCAUGCCCUGGAGUGCUACACAAAUUUGAGUUACACAGAGAGAGAUCGCCCCAGCAACCCCCUACUGCGCCCUGCCUACCAAGGGUUUAACCCAAUCAGUGACAUCUGGGCACAGCAUGCACUCCGCAUGACAACCAAAUAUAUGAAGAGAGCUGUAUACGACCGUGGUGAUGAAGAGGCGCGGUCUUCCAUGCAUCUUGCCAGCUCCUAUGCUGGAAUUGGCUUUGGCAAUGGAGGAGUGCAUCUGUGCCAUGGCAUGUGCUAUCCGAUCUCCAGCCAGGGGAAGAAGUUUAAGUCCAAGGACUACAGCCAGGACUAUGCUCUCAUUCCUCAUGGUCUUGCAGUCAUCAUCACGGCACCUGCUGUGUUUGAGUUUACGGCCCCCGCAUGCCCCGACCGGCACAUCAAGGCUGCCGAAUGUCUGGGUGUUGAUGUACGCAAUGUUAAGCGUGGGGAUGCUGGACGUGUGCUGUCAGACAAAUUGAGGGAAAUAAUGCAUGAUUUGGCCACCCCAAACGGACUCACAGAGCUUGGUUUCCAGUCUCAGGAUGUUCCGAGCCUUGUAAAGGGAACCAUGCCACAGCACCGAUUAACAAAGCUUUGCCCAAGACCCUUUCAAGAGGAGGACAUCGCGACAUUGUUGGAGAAAUCAAUGAAAGUGUUCUAGUUGUUGCUCAAUGCUUAUAUUCACACUGUAACCAGUCAGGACAAACCAGUGGAAUGAGAAAUAACAUUACACAGAUCGAUAUCCUAGCUCAACAACGGAAAUUAAGAUUUUGACCACUUGACCAGUUAACUUGGCUCAAUCUGGCUUUUUUAAUGUUUAUAGUCAACAUAAAGAGACUAUCUGUUAUUGUAUAUGCAGAGACAACGUGAAGCACCUUGAUGCAUGUGGUAGACGCGUGGACAAGAACUACCUCUCUGGCAGCCAGUAUGUGCUUGCAUAUCACACGAUUGGAGGACUGUUGGCUGAAGAUGAUGUACAUUUUCACAUCAUCCAAAACAGGGCAUUUUGUAGAAUUAAAGUGACCUCUUUAAAAG